GCCAUUUUUCAAGCGGCAGAAACGGCAGCUCUCUUCUGGUUCAAAUCCAUUGCAUCUGCCUGUCUGCAUUCUCAAUAUAAUUUCAAAAUCAAGAAUAUUGGUAGAGUAAACUCUGUUCUAUCAGAAACAGCCAGUAUUUGUGAUCUCGCCCUAAAGGAUUUGGAUAAAAUCGGCUCCAAAGUAAAGGAGGGACAAAGGGAACUCGCUCUAAAUAAAGAUGAGAAAGGGAAUCCCAACAGCCCCGGAGAAAGUAAUAGUAACAGGGGUUGGGGGUUCGUCGGUGGACAAAAGUACUGUAAUAACCGGAUUCACUGAGAAUUUUACUUCUAAUUUCCCUGCCGGUACAUAUAUCCAGAUCCUAACCUCGCCGUCCUGUCUUACACAGACUGCAAAUGUCUGUGUAUCAGAUCAGCCAGCUGGCAGUUUGAUUUACUCCACUCCUCACGGACCAACAAACCGAACAGGACUUCGACCUGCUUUAGGACGCCCUCCGGCAAAGAGGCGCCUGGAACUGGACGAGAGCGACCAUCAAUAUCUGCGCGAAGGUGCCAAGACCCCCAAGGGGAAGAGCAGAGCCACACCGAGAAACCUGAGCAGCCCCAAAAAUCCCGAUUCCUCAGAGAAGACUCGUUACGACACGUCUCUGGGCCUCCUCACAAAGAAGUUCAUUCAGCUGCUGGGCCAGUCUGCUGACGGCGUGGUCGACCUGAACCGAGCCGCCGAGGUCCUCAAGGUGCAGAAAAGGAGGAUUUACGACAUCACGAAUGUGCUGGAGGGCAUUCACCUCCUCAAGAAGAAAUCCAAAAACAACAUUCAGUGGAUGGGUUGCAAUCUGUCAGAUGAUGAUGGGACCCUAAAUCGAUGCCAGGUCCUGAGCCAGGAGGUGGCUGAGCUGAGCCAAGAGGAGAAGAGGCUGGAUGAGCUGAUCCAGAGCUGCAACCUGGACAUACGCCAACUGACGGAGGAGUCACACAACCAAAAAUUUUCAUACAUCACAUACCAAGACAUCCGGAGGAUCCGAAGCCUCAGGGACCAGACUGUUAUCGCUGUGAAGGCCCCGUCGGAAACAAAGCUGGAAAUGCCAGACCCUUUAGAGAAGCUGCAACUACAUUUGACCAGCACCAAGGGGCCCAUAGAAGUUCUUUUAUGCCCAGAUGAGAAUAUAACCAACAGUCCAGUUAAAAACUCAACCCUAGAUGUGAAUGGAAAUGCUUCCCCUUCAAUAAAAAGCUCACAAGGUGACACCAACAGCUCAAUGAAGGUGGAUUGCUCAGUGGCUGUUUCAAACUUAUCUCCUUAUACUUCUCCAAUGAACCUUUUGCAACAAACGGAGGACCAGAUUUCCUCGGUGUUAGAGGGGCCAUUUGUAAACCUGUCUCCUCCACACAUGAAUGAGGACUACUUGCUGAGCCUUGGGGAUGAAGAAGGAAUCAGUGAUCUGUUUGAUGCUUAUGAUCUGGAUAAGCUACCCCCUUUGGAUGAGUUCUUGUGUAACUGAUUGGAGUGUUCUGACUGGACUAAGAUGGAACCAGAAAGCUUCCAUCUAUCAAGAUGCACAUUUUUGUAGACACCUCUGUCCUUUUACUUCCACCUGUGACCAGUAAUGCAGUUUGCCUUAACUGGCAGAUAUUUGGUUGUAGGGUGCAAGAUGACGAAAGUAACCUGUCUUAUCCUGGGAUUUGCCCUUUUCUCAAAUUGGCAUGCAUCUCCCACAACCACAAAUAUUUUUAAUAUUCUGAUCCUCCUUUUGCAGUCUCUCCCACCCCUAUUAUUUACAUCACAUCACAAUCAGAUGGGAUAUAAUGUUAAGAGUGAUGUGCAUCAACUAAGUGCCUGAGUUCAGAUUGGUCUUCUGAACUGCUGCCUAGUGUUUUUAUAACCCUUGAGUGGCACGAGGUGGUGGGGCUGGUCAAAACUAGAACAAACAUGAGCAGUCAAACCGAACAGACCCUGAAUAGUGGUUUUUUGGGGGAUUCAUCAGAACAUAAACUUGUACACUAGUGUCAGUUUUAGUGUUUUUAAAAUACUAUGGUUGCCACCUGCAACCUUGGUAUAUUAAUGCAUGUAACAUUUUACUGUAAUGUUAAUUUCCGACUCCUGGCAAGCUCAAUGCGUUCUGAUGGUUAGACCUUUUGGAUAGACCCAUGACCACAUAGACCCUGGUGCUGCCGUUAGUCCGGCUUUUCAAUGCAACAAAAGUACGUGGACUGGCCCCACACAAAUCUUUCACAGUAUUAUGACAGGUGCAGAGUGUUCAGCUCUGAUAAAUCCCAAAGACUUGAAGCAUUUAUUUAAAAGUAGUACUGUAAGCAUGUACAGUAAGUGAAGCUAAUUGUAUAAAAUGACUUCAGAAUUCUAACAGUAAUGCUAUGAGCCCAAUGUCUUAAACAAAUCUAACUACUUAAACAGUUGUUUUUAUUAAGGAACUUCUAUUUAUAGGUGAAGACUUACCUGAAUAAGCAGGAAGUUUUUAUUUUCCUACAACAGAACCACUGUGGGAACCCCUGUCUCUUAGGUAGUUUUAAUUUUCGGAAAGACAAAAGAUUAAGGUCGCCUAUAUUCCACUUGUUCUUCAGUUAGUAGUAAAAUUGUUCAUUUGUUCUUGAUCCGGCUCCAUACUAGUUUGGACCAGACUGACUUCAGAACACACAUUGGUGGCAUCGGCGCUUCACCAAAGAAAAUGGUAUGGGAUAAAAUGCCUGGUGGUAUGUAUGCUGUAAGUGACCGCUGCUAAUUUUGUGCUUGUUUUGGGGUUGCGACUCCCCUCCCCUUCUUAAUGCAACAAUUCAAGGCAAUGAAUAUUAGGUAAGAGAAAAAGCCAUGUUUUUUUUUUUUUUUUU